AAUUGAAAACAAUCAAAAAAUGGGCAAAGUUCCAGAAGAAGUCAGAAGCUAUUUGAUGGAAGCUCAUUCCUUGGCGGGACAGUGGUCUCUGCCAAAUGAUCGAGGUGAUCACACGAAUUCUGAAGCUUAUGAUGUAAAUUCCGUAGCAAUUAUUGGCGGUGGAACUAUGGGAAAGGCAAUGGCAAUCUGCUUUGGUUUAGCUGGAAUUGAAACUUUUUUGGUAGUACGAAAUGAGCAGAGAUGCAAGCAAGAGUUGGAAGUUAUGUAUGCUCGGGAAAAAUCAUUCAAGAGAUUAAACGACAAAAGAAUCGAAAAAAUCAAUGCAAAUCUGAAAAUAACAUCAGAUUUCCAUAAGCUUUCAAAUUGCGAUCUUAUUGUUGAAUCAGUAAUUGAAGAUAUGAAAUUGAAAAAGGAACUAUUCGCCAACCUCGAGAACAUCUGCAAAUCAACUUGCAUUUUUGGAACAAAUACUUCAAGCUUGGAUUUGAAUGAGAUUUCAUCAGUUCUCCGCGACCCAAGCAAUCUUGUUGGAAUUCAUUUCUUCAAUCCUGCCAAUGUGAUUCGAUUGGUUGAAAUAAUAUACGGAUCUCAUACUUCAUCACAGGCAAUUGCAACUGCUUUUCAAGCAUGUGAAUCAAUAAAAAAGCUUCCGGUUCUUGUUGGAAAUUGUAAAUCAUUUGUAUUCAACAGGCUUCUUCAUGUUUAUUUUGAUCAAAGUCAGAAGUUAAUGUAUGAAUAUGGAUACCUUCCACAUCAAAUUGAUAAAAUUAUCACGAAUUUUGGAUUUUUGAUGGGACCAAUGACUGUUGCCGAUAUGAAUGGAUUUGAUGUAAUGGAAAAGUUGAAAAAGGAAAAUGGACUUGAGCCGAAUCCGAUUGAAAAGGAAAUGUGGAGACUGAAAAGAUACGGACGGAAAACUAACAAAGGAUUUUACAAAUAUGACGAUAAAACCCAACGGAAAGAAAAUGACACUGAAAUGGAACAGAUUAUUCGUCGAGUUUCUCAAAAUGCCAAAUCUAACAUUCAAAUUAUAAAUGAUCAGGAUGUGAUUAAUUUUAUGUUGUAUCCUACUGUAAAUGAAGGUUACCGGUGUAUUGAAGAAGGUGUUAUCAGUAAUGAAAGUUUAAUUGAUAUCAUGUUUAUUCUCGGUUUUGGUUGGCCUAUUCAUAGUGGUGGACCGAUGAGAUUUGGUAAAACUGAAGGACUUGAUAAAAUUGCAAAUAUGCUUGUUCACUGGAGUUCCUUGGAGCCCAAGGAAAGUGCUUAUAUUGUUGCUGACGCUCUUAAAACUGCGAACAACAAACUGAUGUCAUCAAAACUAUGAACUAAUAAGAUUGAUGAAGUAAAAUUCACCGUUGAGAGGAUUGCUCACUCUAAGUUUGUCACACACAUUAACCGGUUUCAAACGUCUCUUUAUCUACAUUUCCAGUUUUUUUUUUAAAUUAACUUUUUGAGUAAAUAUUAUAUAAAUGUCAACUGGUAUUUAUAAGCUUGAGAUUUCGGUUUUCAUUCUGUAUUAUUUCAAAAAAAAAUGUCUGUCCCGUCUUUUAUAAUGGUUUUUUGAAACAGUUUUUGUUAAAUUGAAAAAAAUUGCACUUUCUAAAUUUCUACAUGUUUUGCUGAAUUUAAGAAUAAAAAAUGCUAUCAGGA